GAGGGCUCUCAAACGGCCUGGCGUCUAGCGUCAAAUAGAGGCAGAUCACCGCCCGCUUCUGACGUUGUUGGACACGGGAAGGUCCGAAGCGGAGCUGUCAGGAGCACUCAGUCCACUGAGACAAAAUGCCUGAGAAGCUGUUUGCUGCAAGGGAUGGCGUUCGAAGAAUCCACACGUGCAAGGCGGGACUAAGUACUAGCAAAAGCACGUUGUUGGUCUCCGCACGUCAAUCCCGAUGCCUGAUGGAUCGGCUUGAGGGGCGCGAGGGAAGGAUGAGGAGGGAUGCCAUAUGUAGACGAGGAUUCGCCUACAUGGAGAACAAAUUGAAUGCAGAGCUAGCGUUCACUGCGCUGGUGGGCGCAGGGCAACAUGGGGAAGAUCUUCCAGGACCAGCACAGCAACGAGCGACGAGACAAGACGCGUUGCGCGGCGCGGUCACGUGGGGUUACUUCCACCGCAUGGUUCAGGCACCAUUUUCAGGCAGCCACAGAAAUGUAAAAGUCAACACCAACUCAGUCUAUUCCUGGUAUAGAGCAUCAAUAUAUCCACAUAAAAACAAUAAUCCAAUAAGAGAAAUAAGAAGUCCGACGCUAUAGUCGGGUAAGAUUCAACGCCAUCCACCAUGCAACAUGUAGAUAGAUACACAUCGACCAUAUU